AUAAGUGUUAUAAUACAAGUAGAUUAGUAACACCAAGUGGUGGUGUGACUCACUCACACUGAAAAAUACUAGUCUGUUACGUUUGUUUGGUUGUUUUAUAUGCAUUUGUCUACUAUAAAUAAUAAAACCGGGGAAAAUUAUUGCACUCACAGACACCUUAGCUUCAAAUGGAAAAUCCUUCGACCAUUAUACUUGUUGUGGCUCUACUUUGGGUUUCAGUAGUUGCAGCAACAAGAACUAAGCUGCAAUCCAUCGAAAAUGUCGAUGGCGGCAUUUGCAAAUCAAUGUUGGAGACACAGGGCUACACUUGCCAAGAACAUAAAGUAACAACUGAAGACGGUUACAUCAUCGGCUUGCAGAGAAUUCCAAAGGGACGGUCUGGUGACGAAACACCAAACAAGAAGCCUGUUCUGUUACAACAUGGGCUCUUAAUGGAUGCUUCAGCAUGGCUACUCAAUCCGCCGGAUCAAGCUUUGGCAUUUAUCUUGGCAGACAAUGGGUUUGAUGUAUGGCUUGCUAACACUCGCGCGACACGUUCUAGUCGCGGACACACAUCACUUACUCCUAAUGAUCCGGCUUACUGGGACUGGUCAUGGGAUGAAUUAGCUGCUUAUGAUCUUCCGGCUUUAUUCAAGUAUGUGAACAAUCAAACAGGACAGAAUUUACACUAUGUUGGGCAUUCCUUGGGAACUCUGACUGCCCUCGCUGCUUUCUCCCAAGAAAAACUGUUAAACUUGCUAAGAUCGGCUGCUUUGCUUACCCCAAUCGCUUACCUGGGUCAGAUGUCCUCGCUGUUUAUAAGGAUUCUUAUGGACUUAUUUUUAUCAGAAAAACUAAAAUUGUUGGGCAUGCAUGAAGUUCCAAACGGUGAGACACAAGAACUUGUGGAGUUUAUCUGCAAAACACCAGGCGUCGACUGCUCCGACUUAUUGGCAACUAUAACAGGCCCAAAUUGCUGCCUCAGUUCUGCAAGCAAGGCUGCUUUAUUUAAGAAUUUUCCCCAGUCUACGGCAACAAAGAACAUGAUACAUCUGUCUCAGAUGGUCAGGAUGGGAACCCUAGAAAUGUACAAUUAUGGUAACGAAGACACGAACAUGGAACAUUACAAGCAGCCUACUCCUCCUGUGUACAACAUGGCAAACAUUCCGAAAGACGUUCCUCUUUUCCUCAGCUACGGGGGCAGAGAUGCGCUUUCUGACGUUAAUGACGUGGGGCUUCUGCUUGACAACCUCAAAGAUCAUGACAAGGACAAGCUUGUGGUAGAGUACAUAGAGGAUUAUGCUCAUAUGGAUUUUAUUAUGAGCGCGAAUGCCAAUCAACUUGUGUAUGAUCCUCUACUGGCCUUCUUCAAGCUCCAUUAAUGUCAUGUUUACUAUUCCUUAAUUGUCAUGGAGGACUUGAAUUCAUGAGGAGUCAGAACUCCCACUGAAUUUAAUUGUUAACUGAACUAUCAUGAACUGUAAGAACUACUGAUUCUGUUGGAAUGUAACCCUUCAGCUAAAGAUUGGCGGCAGAGAUCAACUUACAUGCUUUAUAUUUCAGUUUGAAUGUGAGCCAUUGGAUCAUAGUCCACAUGGUUACUCAAUGAUGUAUCUAGUUUAAGUAAUAGAAUAAGACAAGUGGCAUCAUCUCAUAGGAUGAUACCAAUGAAUGGUUGAGAUUGUAUUGUGUGUUGGAGAGUGAAGGAUCUCCCUUCCUUCCAUGUAUAACGGUAACAAAUGUAUGCGUGUUUAGUGUGUGAAAUUUCAGAAGCAUUUUCCUUCA